AGCAUUUAAAAGGGACUGAGAUAGCUGACAGAAUGGUACCCCAGGAGCCUUCCAGAAGUGUGCAAUCAGGAGCAGAAUACCCACAAGCUUCCUGUCCACUUCUUCGUUCUCCAAGAACUAGACAAUGUAUUGCCCUGGGAACUUCUUGAUCCUCUUAUCUGUCUGCCUUAUCGCUACGUCCCUUGGUAAUCACCAAAGUAACAGCCACCAAUGCCUUGAAAGUGUGCAGUGGAGUGAGCUCUUAAAGGAGAUUGAGAAACUGAACAAAAGAGGCUUUUCUUUGGAAUGUGAGGAAGUGAACAGUGAAGAUUUGUGUUUCCCUGAGAAGAUGCUAAAAGCAGUUAAAUAUGAUAGUGCCACCAUUGUUCAUAUAGUGCACGAAAUUGCUGAGUUUUUCAAGAGAGCAGACACACCUUUUCAAAAUAAGAACAAUUUUCUAAGAGGAAUGUAUGAAGCUCAUGCUCAGCUCAAGACUUGUCUGAAGUCUGGAUUUAACUUUAUCCAUGAAUCCAUAGUGAAGGACUGCUUCAAAAAAAUGGAUAAGUUGGUGGCCAAGAGGCUUUUUAAAAGUGGCAUGGAAGAACAGCAUGAGACAAAGUCAUGUAGAGGGUACUUUUUGCCUGCUGGUAAUGAUGCUUCUGACAAACUGAAAAGUAAUCCUGCAACAUUAAGGCUGCACUUCAUGGUAAAAGCUCUUUCCUGUCUGGUUAUGUCUGCCAAUGACACCAAGCUGAGUGGUGGAGUCUGGCGGGAAGGGAUGCCAUCCAGAGGGACCUGGAUGGGUUUGACAGAUGGGCCUAUGUGA